CCGCCGCUCGGCCUUGUCGCGGCCUCUCUGUCCGUCGCAGGUGGCCUUGGGAGGCCGCUCGGCCUCGGCCUCGGCGCUUCGCUGCGACCCUGCUCGCCGCGGGCGAGGACGUGCGUCGUCCAUCCGUCGGGGCAGCAGUCGGUGAAAGAGAAGGCCGCGGCCGGGCUGACCGCCGCGGCCAUGGCGGCCGCGCUUGUGCUGCCGGAGGUCGCGGAGGCCGCUGGCCCCGGGCUUUCGCCGUCGCUCAAGAACUUCCAGCUCAGUAUCGGCUCCGGCGGGGUCGUGCUCCUCGGCAUCAUCGGCGCCGUCGUCGCCGUCUCCAACUUCGACCCCGUCAAGCGAGGCUGAUCUCUGCUGUUUGUGUACCACGCGCAUGCAAAACUCCUCCAUCUCUUCGAUUAUUAUUGCGAAAAUAACAACGGUUAUCACUGCAUGUAACUUUUGCCGUUCAGAUUUAUUUCACGGGUGUGUGCUCAAA